CUGUGACGUAUCUGUUUAUAAGUCAGAGGGUGUUCAUUCAGCUAACUAACAACAAUAAUGUAUCAUAAUGCAUAUAUUAUACAGUACUACAUUCUCGUUGUAUUAAUGUUCAACAUUUGGGAGGCAUUGUAACUUAUAACUUGUUAUCUUGACUCUUGGGUGUGUUGUAGCGACGUACUUCUUCAUUAGAGCAGGCUACCUCUCUCCAUUCUCCUUAGCUUAGGUUGAUUGACUAUGGCGUCAGAGGAGACAGGUCUGCCUUUGGACUCAGCUGAGAACCUGGAGGACAGGAGAGCACAGGAGCAUAGAUCUACAGAGGGGCCAAAGACAGAGGUCCCAGCCCGUCACAGCCAAGAUGGACCUCAGGUGACAGCAGGCCAGGAGGAGGGAGCAGGUGUCUGUCAGUUCUUCUUGUUGGGAAAGUGUCGUUUUGGAAACAGGUGUCGUCGAUCUCACAGCACUCCAACAUUAGACGACCCAGAGGCUGUUAUAGACCAGGAAAACAGGAAGGAUGAUGGAGAAAAGGAGGGAAAACUCAAGAAGAAAGCAAAAGGCAGUAAAACAAACCAGCCAAAAGACACAGAGGGAAAAGAAUCAACCAAGAAGCCCCGCAUGCGCACAGCCGAUGACGUCAUCUCGCGGAUCCUGUGGGACCCGUCGGUGGAGGCGGCGGACUUCGUGGUGGGGUACGUGGACCGCUUCCUUGGGGUGCUGGAGCGCCCCUUCUCUGAGUUCAACUGGGAUGCCGACCCCUGCGACUGUGACUACUCCUCUGAGCUAGCCCUGCCCAGACACAGGAUCCAGUACUUCACCCAUAGAGGGCGUAGAGUCUGGGACCGCAACAACAGGACUGACAGGGUGUUUGGAUCCACUGGACAGUGUCUGGCGCCCCCCUUUGGGCAGGAGGAGGAGCAAGAGCAGGGAACAGGGACACAAGAUGUUAAACAACAAGACCCAAGAGAAGAACAAGAUGGCGUCGUCACUACAGAGGAGGGAGAAGAGAGUGAAGAGUACCUGAUAAAACAGGAUGUUGAAAACGGACACUUGGAGGAAAGAAAUCAGAGCAAGACAAGUGUUCAGAUGCCUGAGUCGAUCAGACCAGGCACAGGAAGUACUCCACUGAACCAACAGGAAGUAGGAAGAGAAUCAGAACCCUCGGAAGAGGAAGUUGGGAAGGAUUCCGUUUUAGUCGUCAUAGCAGACCAGAUCUCUCUAUCCCAGAGAGAAAGAGAGAGCAGGGGGGAGGAAGGUGGGGAGGAAGAAUGGAAAGAUUACUGGGAUGGAGAGAAAGGCCCAGACCUAGCCCAGAGAGAGAGGGAUGGAGAGAGGAGAGAGGGAUGGGGAGAGGAGAGAGGGGGAUGGAGAGAGGAGAGAGAGGGAUGGGGAGAGAGAGGGAUGGAGAGAGGAGAGAGAGGGAUGGAGCAGAGAACAGAGAGGGGUGGAGGCCGGCCUUCCAAACGUAAGCCCACCCACUUCAUCACCUUCCGGGCCAACACUCCCUCCAUCCUCUCCUCCUUCCAGCGCCUUCAGGAGGAGCUCACCUCCCUCCUCCCCUCAUCCGCCCCUCACUGGUUACCCCCCUCCUCCCUUCAUGUCACCCUCUGUCUCCUGGUCCUCCCCGGCCCAGCCGAGGUCACCGCCGCUGGGGAGAUGCUCCAACGCUUCGCCUACCUGGACCGCAACCCCCCCGUGGCCGUCUCUUUCCCCCUGAAACUGAAGCACUUUGGUGGGAAGGUUCUCUACCUGAGCCCCCAUCCUCAGCGCCACCUCCAGCAGCUGAACGCUGGCCUACAGGAGGCCUUCAGAGAGCAGGGCUGGCUGCACAGGGACUCCUUCACACCACGCUACCACCUCACCCUGGCCAAGGUGAAGGACAGGGAGGGAGCGAGGGUGUUUGAGGGGGUGGGGGAGCUGAAGGUGGGUAAGGGGGUGAAUUUUGGGCGACUGCCUAUAAAUAGGCUGCACCUGUGUAGCAUGGGGAUGACUGGGGAUGGGUUUUAUGAGACACUGUGUUUGGUCAAUCUCUGGUAAGAUGGAGGUGUGUGUUUGUUUAGGUAUGGAGGUGCUCUUUUACAGAGCUACAUGUGCACAGAAGAACCUACAUUUCCACACCUCACAGUCUGCAUGGUUUCACAUUUAAAGGUGCAAUAUGCAGAAAUCGCUUCUCCAUUUCCUGGUUGCUAAAAUUCAAAUAGUUUGCCUAAUUUCAA